AUGAGCUUCCCGCGGCCCUUGCGCCGGUCGGUGAGCCUGAACCCGGCCCGGACCCUCCGGCUGGUGGUGCUGGGGCAGAGCGCUGUGGGCAAGACAGCUUUGACAGUGAGAUUUAUCACCAAGCGAUUUAUCGGUGAUUAUGACCCUACAUUAGAGAUGAUUUACAGGCAUACAGCUGUCAUUGAUGGAGAGAUGGUGCAUUUUGAAAUUCUUGACACAGCAGGACAGGAGGAAGACUCCUUACAAAUAGAAGAGAAGAUCAAAUGGGGAGAUGGCUUUGCUGUGGUUUACUCCGUCACUGACAGAUGCAGCUUUGACGAAGUCAUGAGGCUGUGUUUCCUCAUCAACCACAUCCAUUCCAGCCCAAAGAGGAGCAGUGGUAGUGAGCAGCCACCAGUGGUGAUCGUUGGAAAUAAGAAGGACCUGCAGUUUGACAGGAUGGUGACCUCUGAGGAUGGGGAGAACCUCUCCAAGGCCUUGAAGCACCCUUUCUAUGAGAUUUCUACCAGGGACAGCUACGAGGAGACAGUGAUGGUGUUCAACACCCUGUAUAAUGAGCUGAUGAAGCAAGGGCAUUUUUCUCCAGGGACCUUCAAGAGGCGAGCCGUUUCAAAACUAAUGGAGAAGAUCCCUAGGAUUCAUGCCAACUCAACCCUGACCUCAGGUGGCAGGAGCCUGAGCUUCAACUCUUUCAGAGAUUACAUCCCAGAGUGAACCUUUAAGCAGGCAUUGUGUGGUGGUAAAUAAUGCAUGCAGGGACCAGCAGGAGUUGGCAAAGGGGAGGCUGCAGAACCGGAUGCGAUCCGAGUGAAGAGUCCUGUACAUAGUUAGGGAGGCGCGUUUUUUUUUUAAAGCAUCUUUAAUCCAGUAAAAUCACAGGAUGACCUCGGGCUGAUUUUAGCAAGGGGCUAGGUGAUACAGACAGAAAUGCAUCACAUCUCCUUUAGAGCUUGGUCUUCUAAAUCGUGGCUGAUGGUGCAUUAGGUGACAUGCAUUAGGUUAGGUGGCCUCUUUCUUUUCCCUCUGGACCUGCUGCACAUUGUGAUUUGAUGAUCUCAGUUCAAGGAAGCAAAGAAUGUCCUUGUACAUCCAGACCUGGGCACUGAGUUUGGACCUUGCUGUGUAUCAGCAUCUCUUGUAGGGAGGUGGAGUCUACACUGAAGACUCACUCUCCUCUCCCUCAGCACAACAUUCACAGCUAAUAGAAUAAUAUUUAUACUGCAUUUUGGCUAUUGAUUCUACCAGUAAUUGAUAAAGUACACUCUUGCUUAUCCAGAGGUAGGAGGAGGACAUUGUGAUUAGUGGCUUGAAUGUGUGGAUAAAAGAAAGUGCUGUUUACAUGUGGUUAUGGGGAUAUAAAACUUCACGGGAGAGUAAAUUUAGAUAAGCUGUAAAUUUACAGAGCUGUACUGACCAAAAGGCCCUCAAGUUCAAUGCAAAGCCCUUCUGUUGAGGCAAGAUAAUCAAUAAGCUCCCUGCAUGUGUCAUUUGAAGAGUGAGAAUGCAGGUCAUUGUUCUUUUAUUGGAGUAUGAAUGUCAUUACCAGGAAAUAUAUUUUAGUCUCUCUUUCCUUUCAGUAGACUUCUGUAAACCACUUACAAACAGAUUAAGCCGCCUUAUGGUGCUGCUCAACAGUUCUACAACAGCUUAGUUUCCUCCUCUUCUAAUCUUCAUCCAUUAUACUAAUUCACCUUUUUAAAUUAACUGGGGAAAUGAAGGAAAAAUUUGUUUCUGCCACCAAGCUAGAGCCUUUCUCCCAAGUCAUUUAUCGCUUCCUUUUCUAAGGACCACUCAAAAGUACUCUUCAAAGACUCCUGAGAACUUGCUGUCCUGGGAAGAUAUACGGCAGACUCAUGAGCUCAGUUUUUUUCUCAGAGACUUCUAGCCCACCUCUCACUCUGUGCGCCACCCACUUCCGUGUGGGCAGCACAAAAAUGCCUUGUGUCUCAAAUAGUCAAUGAUUUUACUCAAACCUUCAGCGAUGCUUCUUAAUUCUGAUGACACUAAAUAUGCCUGCUUUUCUCUCAGUCUUGAUUAAAACUGAAAACUAUGGUUGGCUUAUUUUCCUAAAUGUCCCUAAACCAAAUAAACGUCCUGUAGUAAA